AUGGGGAGACCUGGCAAGGUGUUUUGCACCAUAGUUAUUUCAAAAGCAAGAACGGAAGGAUACGACUAUUUACGAAAGUAUCGGGAGAGCCCACCGACGGCUUUGGCAUUUUAUAGCACGAGAUAUGGAGAGUCCAAUAACGAAAUCUUGGUAGUUUACGUGAAGCAGUCGGGACGACCUGAGAUAUUACAAUGCUCCAAUAUUCUCUCACGACCCGGCAAGAGGGGGCAAAGGGACCUGGAUCAUGGACCCGACGAACUCAUCGAGCUCAGUUUAACAUCCGAAGACAGUAGUCGAUUGGCUGAGGGUUGGACUCAUGUGGCUCGGAUGACCUCGCGCCAAGUCGAGGUCGCUUUAGCACUCGCAAAUUCUAAAGUCGAGGUCACUUUGACACUCACUAUUUGCCUAAAGAGGAUUGACUCGAGGAGAAACUCAACAGCCUGGUGCAGGGGUUGA